AUGUUGGAACUUUAUACUUGGGGAGAAGCUUUAGGAUUAAAUUCGAUUGAUCCAAAAUGUUCAAGUAUCAUUGCGUACUUACAAUUAUUUGUACAAGAAGAAUGGGGCGUUGUUGAAUGCAAUAAUCCAAAUAUAUCUCCAACUGGUGAAUUACCAUUAUUAAAAGAUGGUUUAGAGUGGAUAUCUGGGACAAAUAAGAUAAUCAAAUAUUUAAAGAAAAAGGGUUAUGAUGCUGAUGAAAAUUUGUCGGAUAAACAAAAGGCUGAUAGUAUCGCAAAUUAUACAGACAAAAUUCGUCCAUUAUACGCGAAACUUGUUUCGUUCCCGAUGUCUUAUUUCGUAUCAAGACAAUUAAGAAAAAAUGCUAAAGAAAGAUUAAAGAAGUAUAAUGUUGCAACUUUUAGAGAUUUCGGUGUAAUCGUUAACAACAAAGAUAAGAUGGAUAAAAUUAUAAAAGAUUGUUAUAAAGUAUUACAAGAUAAAAUUGAUUCAAAUGACUAUUUUUUUGGAAAUAAUUUAUCUACAUUGGAUGUUUUUUUAUAUGGAUAUCUGGCGCCUCAACUAUAUCCAGAUCUACAAAACCAAAGUCUAUCCACAACCAUAACCACUCAAUUUCCAAGAUUACAACAAUUUUGUGAUCGUGUAAAAUCAAAUUUAUCCGAAAAUAAUCAAAAAAUAAACAAAUUGCCAAUUCCAAAAAUUGAUUUAUCAACCAUUUUUACUACUACUACCGGUUCAUUUAGAUCUCCACGUUCAUGGUUCGCUAAUUGGUUUACUAGUACAACAACAACAUCUACUACUAGCGGUAUUAAUAAACCUGAGAAAUCAGAGGCACAAAAAAAGUUUGAAAGAAAAAGAAAUUUAGCAAUUAUAGGUGCUGUUUUAUUUAUGAUUAUUUAUGUGAUUCGUAAUGGAAUUGACGAGGACGAGGAAGUAGAUGACGAUGAAUAA